GAACUUGCAUAUUUGCUUGGCCUUGUCCCCGAUUGGUGGUGAAUUCCGUCUGCGCCUGCGAAACUUCCCGUCGUUGGUGAACUGCUGUACCAUCGAUUGGUUCAUGGAGUGGCCGCCACAAGCGCUGACUGCAGUCGCGAAGCAAUUCUUGCGAACGAUUGAAAUGGAUGAGUCGGUACAAUUUUUUACUGAUUAAUGUUAUUCGUUCCUGCUUUGCUUUGAGAAUUCAUUUCGUCUGAGCUUUGUAGCCCAUCAACAGGAACAACAGGAACAGGCAAGAAACCAAUAACAAUCCAACAACAAGCUAGACUAGCGAGUAGAAUUCGCCUGGGAAAUCUUAGGCAGCCCGCCGAAUAGAUUCCAAUCGUCAUCAUCUAACAUUUAGGAUCCAGAUUUGGACGACACGCAGUAGAACAAUCACUUUCUGACAAGUAAAUUGAUGACGCUUCCACCUGAUUUUGAUUACUGACAGGUGAAAGACAACGUUGUGAAAGUGAUGGUCGACUUCCAGACGAGCGUGAUUGAGCUGGCCGAGAAGUUCUUCAAGCAGGAGAAGCGCAUCUUCUACGUUACGCCAACCUCUUAUUUGGACCUGAUCUCGACCUUCAUCAUUAUGUUGGGUCAGCAGCGUGAGAAGGUUGCCGGCAACAAGUCCCGCUACGACGUUGGAAUGGAGAAGAUCGAGGAGGCUGCUUCCGCAGUCGGCGCUCUGCAGAAGGAUCUGGAGGAUCUGCAGCCAAGUUUGGAGAAAUCGGCUAAGGAAACCUCUGAGCUGAUGAUUCACGUCGAAGGCGAACAGAAGAAGGCAGCUGAGAAGCAGAAACUAGUCGACGCCGAUGCCGCUGCGGCGGAAGAAGAGGGCCGCAUUGCGAAUGAGAUCAAGGCGGACUGCGAGAAGGAUUUGGCUGCCGCGAUGCCCGCGUUGGAUGCUGCUGUCGAUGCUCUGUCCAAGCUGUCGAAGGGCGAUAUCGGUGAGGUGAAGGCAAUGAAGACGCCACCGGCAGGUGUCAUCUUGACCUCGCAAGCACUGUGCUACAUGUUCAACUUA